AUGACUAGUGGCGAGAAAGCCCCCGAUCCUGUGGAGCCUUGCUGCACUUCCGUCCAAGACCAAGAGCCAUCCUUUGUUCCACUCGAGACCAAUGAGUCCGACGAGAUCUUAGCCGCCCUACGCGGUGAAUACGAUGGCGAUAUCGGCGAUGACAAGGUUGUCAUAUUGAGUGAAGAAGAACUGGCCAUGCUGAAAGCUAUACAGCCCAAUAGAGAGGAAGUGGAUGAUGAUGCUUCAGAGCUGGAUGAGAAUCUAUUACGGUGCCUGAAGGAAGACGAGGCGAGUGAUGAGGACGACGACGAAAAUCCGGAGUUUGAGAGACGGUAA